UUGACAUUGACUGUGACAUUUCACAUUUGCCAAAUUCGAAUUUCAAGCCAGGCCAGAAAAUAAAUUAAAUGCAAGAUUGCUAAGGAACUUCAAUUGUUUUUAAUAAAUCUAUUGUUUAUUAAAUAAUUUUAUAAAAAGAACAUAAGACAUGUCCAUCUCGCCCUUUCUCCGGAACCCUUUCACCGAUCUCACUGGUGGGUUGGUAUCACAUCAGAUGCUGGGAGCAUGCCAGAAGCAUGAGAUACGCUACAUGGACUGCCUGGAGGCGUACGGUCUGGACCGCGGCAAGGUCAAGUGUGCGGAGUUAUUCGAUGACUUCCACGAGUGUCAAACCAAGACAAAGCAAUUCAAGAGAUUUGCGGCCAUGAGGAAAGAAAGGGACAGGCAGAUUGCGGAAGGAAAACUUAAGGGAGAUGAAAAAUAUCUGAACCCGAGAAUAGACGGUUUCUAAAUUCAUGUAAAUUAUGUAGAUAUUUAUUUCAGCAAUAUAGAAUCAAAACAUUCUAAAUAACAA